AUGCCUGUAAUCAACACUUUUAUGCCCGAAUCCAUCGGAUCGGUGCCAUUCGACAUUCAAGUCAAAAAGCCAAAGGCAAAGGGAAAUUACUCUCAUGCAAUCAUGGGAAAGGGAAAAGGCUCCAGGAGCUGUGUUGCAUGCUUUACUUACCGCGGAAUAAUUAGAAGCCUGGGCCUAUGCAGAAGGUGCUUCAAAGAAUAUGCAAAGGACUUGGGAUUUGCAAUCUACGAUUAG